AUGGGCCCACCCUCGCCCGCUCGGGAAAUAAGGGAGUCUGAUCCAGACAUCUUCCUUCAGCUUCUGCGUUUCUUUUACUGCGACGAAGUGACUUACCAAGAUGAGAAUGACGCUAUCCAGAUGUGGUAUUUAGCUGAUAGAUACGACGUUCCUUCGCUUGUGACGAAGUGUUUGGAUUUUCUAGAUGGAGCUAUGAAGCCGCUAAAUGCCUUUGAUAUCAUCCCUCAUGCUCGGAAAUUAAAUGCUGAAAAGCUCGAAGAGAGCUGCUGGGAAGUGAUCGAUUACAACGCAAAAGAUAUCAUCAAUGACAAUUCGUUUUCCGAGCUCAGUCAUGAAUUAUUGCUCGAGUUUGUCAAAAGAUCUUCGUUGCGCAUCGACGAAUUAUCGUUGUUCAAAGCAAUAGAUCGCUGGGCGACAAAACGAUGCGCAGAUGAAACUAAGGCUGUGAACGGAGCCAGCAAAAGAUCACUCCUAGGAGAGGAUCUGGUGGAGCAUAUUCAAGAAAGGUGGAAUGCUUACAUUUAUAGUGAGGAAGAAUAUUUCCCUAUGCGGUGUAACUAUCAUCAGACGCGUUUUUCCCCCGAGGGUAAAUCACUUGAUUGUCUUGUGAGUGUGUCCGUCACUCGCGGAGGCAAAACUUUAAGAACAGUUAAAAACUACAAAUAUGUCGAGGAAGGAAUGCGCGUAACUCUAGGCAGCCGAGUGGCAUUUAAUGUUCUCUUCAACAGGCCUCUCACGUUGAGUACGAAUACUUGCUACACCAUUGAAACUUCGACUGAACCCAUACAAGACCCUAAUACCUUUGUCUGGUAUUUCCCUCUGACGCACUCUCUGUCAGAUAAACCUGAUUCGCCCAUCAACAAUCCAAAAACAGCUAACAAAGACACCAUACUGUCUGGUGUUUGUUCCGGAAAAUACACUGAGGCUAUCCCGGCUAAUGCUUAUUACGUAGGAGAAGUACUGGCACUUCUGUUUACAGCUUCUGAAUAACGAUAUUACGAUGUAUUUCGAUGCACAAAGCCAAAAUAGGAAAACAAAACCGUGCAUG